AUGGAUGAGGACCUGACCUCUGGCCUCACGCUGAACUCUGAUCACAUCACCCAGGCAGAGCUCGGCCCCCAGUCCCAGGAAGAUCCCCCUGUGACACAGAUGCAGGCCCUGCCUCAGAGAACUCGCGACACUGUGCUUCUUCCUUUCGGUGCCCAGGCUGUCUGCGCCACAGCGGGGAGCCCUGGCCAGGCCAUUGUCCUUCUUGAAUGCGACUUCAUCACACAGUUGAAAGAGGAUGAACAAGCAUGUCUGCAAGCAGCAGAGAGGAUGUCAAAUUCCACCCUCGGCUGUCCCAGCACCUGGGAUGGGCUGCUGUGCUGGCCGAAGGCGGGCUCUGGAGAGUGGGUCACCCUCCCCUGCCCAGACUUCUUCUCUUACUUCAGCUCAGAGCCAGGGGCUGUGAAGCGGGAUUGCACCGUCGUGGGCUGGUCUGAGCCCUUCCCGCCAUACCCCGUGGCCUGCCCUGUGCCCCUGGAGCUACUGGAUGAGGAGAAAUCGUACUACUCCACGGUGAAGAUCAUCUACACCAUGGGCUACAGCAUCUCUGUCAUAACUCUCCUCGCAGCUCUUGCCAUCCUGAUUGCUCUCAGGAGGCUCCACUGUCCUCGGAACUACAUCCACACACAACUGUUUGCCACCUUUAUCCUCAAGGCCGGUGCUGUGUUCCUGAAGGAUGCCACCCUCUUCCAUGGCGACGACACUGACCACUGCAGCCUCUCCACUGUAAAGACCCUGGCUCUGUGCAAGGCCUCCGUGGCUGCCGCCCAUUUUGCCACCAUGACCAACUUCAGCUGGCUGCUGGCCGAAGCUGUCUACCUGACCCGUCUCUUGGUGUCCACAUCACCCAGCGUGAGGUGUCCCUUCUGGUGGCUGGCCCUUGCUGGCUGGGGUUUUCCUGUGCUCUUCACAGGCACCUGGGUGGGCUGCAAGUGGGCUUUUGAGGACACAGCGUGCUGGGACCUGGACGGCAGCUCUCCCUCCUGGUGGAUCAUCAAGGGGCCCAUCAUCCUCUCUGUUGGGGUGAACUUUGGGCUUUUUCUCAAUAUUAUUCACAUCCUGUUGAGGAAACUGGAGCCGGCUCAGGGCAACCUCCAAAGCCAAUCUCAGUACUGGCGUCUCUCCAAGUCAACCCUUCUCCUCAUCCCUCUGUUUGGAGUUCACUACAUCAUCUUCAACUUCCUGCCUGACAGUGCUGGCCUGGGCAUCCGCCUGCCCCUGGAAUUGGGGUUGGGCUCCUUCCAGGGGUUCAUCGUCGCCCUCCUUUACUGCUUCCUCAACCAAGAGGUGAGGACGGAGCUCUUGAGAAGGUGGCAUGGUCAUGAUCCUGAACUUCUCCCAGCCCGGAGGACCCGCGCCAGAUGGACAAUGACCUCAGGUCCAGGGGUGAAGGUGCCAACAUCUGUGUGCUAG